AUGGCUACUGAGGAGAAGAAGCCAGAGACGGAGGCCGCCAGGGCCCAGCCGACCCCUUCGUCCUCGGCUACUCAGAGCAAGCCUACCCCUGUCAAGCCAAACUACGCUCUCAAGUUCACCUUGGCCGGCCACACGAAGGCUGUGUCCUCUGUGAAGUUCAGUCCCAACGGCGAGUGGCUGGCCAGCUCCUCUGCUGAUAAACUCAUUAAGAUUUGGGGAGCAUAUGAUGGAAAAUUUGAGAAAACCAUAUCUGGUCACAAACUGGGGAUUUCCGACGUGGCCUGGUCAUCAGACUCCAACCUCCUGGUCUCUGCCUCAGAUGACAAAACCCUGAAGAUCUGGGAUGUGAGCUCGGGGAAGUGCCUGAAGACCCUCAAGGGACACAGCAAUUACGUCUUCUGCUGCAACUUCAACCCCCAGUCCAACCUCAUCGUCUCAGGCUCCUUUGACGAGAGCGUGAGGAUAUGGGAUGUGAAGACGGGCAAGUGUCUGAAGACCCUGCCAGCCCACUCGGACCCGGUCUCAGCGGUUCACUUCAAUCGAGACGGGUCCUUGAUCGUGUCCAGCAGCUAUGACGGCCUCUGCCGAAUCUGGGACACAGCUUCGGGCCAGUGCUUGAAGACGCUGAUUGAUGACGACAAUCCUCCCGUGUCCUUCGUUAAGUUCUCCCCGAACGGCAAGUACAUUCUUGCCGCCACUCUAGACAACACCCUGAAGCUCUGGGACUACAGCAAAGGGAAGGUGAGUACCUGGACGGGCCACAAGAAUGAGAAGUACUGCAUCUUCGCCAACUUCUCCGUCACUGGUGGGAAGUGGAUUGUGUCUGGUUCUGAGGACAACCUGGUUUACAUCUGGAAUCUUCAGACGAAAGAGAUUGUUCAGAAGCUUCAAGGUCACACAGAUGUUGUGAUUUCCACGGCCUGUCACCCAACAGAGAACAUCAUCGCCUCCGCCGCCUUGGAAAAUGACAAAACCAUCAAACUGUGGAAGAGUGACUGUUAG